UUGAAGCAGGGCUUUUGUUAGGAGUCACAGCUCAGUUAUCGAGUUGCCAAGUAGGAUCGGGUCGGAAUUCCUUUUGCCCCAGGACUCGGGCUUUAGUGGAUUCCGACUAAAUCGCAAACAUGGUGCUAAACCUUCUCCUUCUCUUUUUUAUUCUUCAAACCGCAUCGUGUGACCACUGCUCGCUUGAGGUUUUUCCCUCAAGACUGGUUGUGGGUUUUGGAGAACCGGUGUCGGUCAGCUGUGUAGCCUCCCGGCCUGUACGUGUGUUGGGAUGGGAAUCAGCCGUUGGUGCGUCAUACACUCAGCAGAACCUAAGUGUCCAGUGGAAGGUGGAACGGUUGAUUGACUGGAUUGAAGAACCAAUCUGCUAUGGUGUUUUUUUUACUGCUCCCAGACAGUGUGAGGAGAAGCUCAACCUUGUUUUAUACAAAAAUCCAGACAGCAUCUCCAUCAGCUUGGUGAACCACACUGGCGCGAUGGUGGACAGCAAAGAGUACCAGCUGAUGUGUGAGGUGCAGAACGUUGCUCCUGUCCAGUAUCUCACACUGCGCUGGUACAGAGGGCAGACUGAAGUUUACAAUAACACAUUCUCUGAACUAUCACCCAUCACCCCGGUCCAGGUAUCUUCCACCCUGCUGAUCUCUCCAAGCAGGGCAGAGGAUGGUGCAUCAUACAGUUGUGAGGCAACACUAGAACUGGGACCAGAAGGACCUCAACCAUCUCCCAGAGUAAAAUCUGGGCCCCUUGACAUCACUGUUUACUACCCUCCUGACUCAUUCACUCCAGAAAAGGAGGUGCUGGAGAUUGAUGAUGGUGAAUCGCUCACUCUUAAUUGCUCAGCGGGGGGAAACCCACCCCCUCAGUACAGCUGGAGCUCGUCUCAAGUGCAAGAGAGGGUUGAAAACCAGCCACUCUUUACGCCUCCUUCUUUUGGCACUUAUACCUGUACUGCUUUCAAUAUACUGGGUAAAUCAAGCAAGCAGUUCAUCAUCAAGAGUAAAUCCAAAGGUCUGAAGACUUCCUUAAGAUAACAAGUCACAACCCUGCAAAGUUUUAACACAUAUCUCUUGUAACUCUUCUGUGCAUGAACAUUUCUAACAUCAUGUGUGAAGACUGUGUGUUUUAGUUUAGUUGAUAAUAACUAGAUGUGGACAUAUAAAAAAUACAGCUAAUAAUAAAUUCGUAUUAUUUGUAUUAUUAAAGUGCAUAGAGCUAAUGUUUUCCUUAACAGACCGAUAAUGCAUUUGGGCAUUAAAUGAAACUUAUUUUACUUGCCGAUGUUAAAAUGAUUUGUUUAUGAUUGUACAA